AUGUUCAGAAAUCUCAUAUCUAAACAAAGAAGUGUUUCUUUAGUACCGUUACUAAGACAAAAACCUCAGCAAGCCACAUUCACAUCUGCCUUGCGUGCCUUUUCCACCGAACCACCUAUGGGAGAUUAUGAACAAAAGAUAUAUAAUAUCUUAGCUACAGAAUUCCAACCUAAGAAUCUACAAGUCAAAGAUGUUUCAGGAGGAUGUGGAUCUAUGUUUGCUAUCUUGGUUGAAAGUGAGAAAUUCAAAGGAAUUCCUAUGAUUAAACAACAUAGAUUAGUUAAUGAGUUAUUAAAGGAUGAAAUUAAACAAUGGCAUGGUUUACAAUUACAAACUAAAGUAGCGAAAUAG